AUGCCACGAUCCUCCGCAGGCGAAUCAUCUACGUUGAUGUCCCUGGCUAGAAAUAAGGAUAGCGAGCUUCUGAAGGCUUUCGAGGGUUGCUUCGAGGGUGACGAGUACAAGGGCGACAUCGAUGACGACUUGUUCCUUGCGCAGGCGGCUGAAACGAGCGGUUGA